CUGACUAGAACGCCCCAGCUGGCGCAAGUCCCCAAAUCUUCGGGAGCACGGCCGACUGCGACUGCGCAGGAAUGCUGGGGCGGGUCUUCACGUCACCCCGCCCCCUUCCAGCCUGUGCGACCAAUGAACAGCUCCUGCCCCGGGGCCCGAUAAAUCCUUGGAGGCCGUAGUGAUUAGCCGAGAGAACAGCCCCGCCCUUGGCUCCUCCAGGCCCUCACUCCCCACCUCGCGCCGUCGCCGCCCCGCCUCCCUCUGCCGCCCGCCUGUCCUGCUGCGAGGUGACACAGGGCUUCGCCUGGGGAAGGGGACGAGGGAAGUAAGUUAGAUGUCGGCCUAGCGGCCUUGGCGCAGCCCCCAACAUUAUUUAAUCGCCCAACUACCACUGAUGAAGACAAGUUGGAGUAACUGCUUGAACUGAAUUUUACUGACCAGAAGACAGUCCAUUUGUUCCACUUCUUUUUGUUUUCCCUACUGCUUUGAGCUUUACUGUAACGGCUGAAAAACUUGGAAAAUAAAAUGAACAUGCUGUGGUCUUGAACAUAAUUUUUUUUUUUUGAGGAAAAAUUAAAGUGCCAGAGUGAAAGCCAGAAUGGCAUCCAGAGAGAGGCUCUUUGAACUUUGGAUGCUUUAUUGUACAAAGAAAGAUCCAGAUUACCUGAAGCUCUGGUUGGACAGUUUUGUUUCUAGCUAUGAACAGUUCUUAGAUGUUGACUUUGAAAAGUUGCCUACCAGGGUAGAUGAUGUGCCUCCAGGAAUAUCUUUGCUUCCUGAUAAUAUUCUGCAGGUUCUAAGGAUCCAGCUACUACAGUGUGUUCAGAAAAUGGCAGAUGGGUUAGAGGAACAACAACAAGCUUUGUCAAUUUUGCUUGUCAAGUUCUUCAUUAUUCUUUGCAGAAAUCUAUCUAAUGUGGAAGAAAUUGGGACUUGCUCAUAUAUUAAUCAUGUCAUCACUAUGACAACACUCUAUAUUCAGCAAUUAAAAAGCAAAAAAAAAGAGAAGGAAUUGGCAGAUCAGACAGCUAUUGAAGAAUUUGUGAUCCAUGCAUUGGCGUUUUGUGAAAGUUUAUAUGAUCCAUAUCGGAAUUGGAGGCAUAGAAUUUCAGGACGAAUCCUUAGUACUGUGGAAAAGAGCAGACAGAAAUAUAAACCAGCUUCUCUCACAGUGGAGUUUGUCCCUUUCUUUUAUCAGUGUUUUCAGGAAAGUGAACAUCUCAAGGAAAGUCUUAAGUGUUGCUUAUUGCAUCUCUUUGGAGCCAUUGUAGCCGGUGGGCAGAGGAAUGCUUUGCAAGCAAUUUCUCCAGCCACCAUGGAAGUUCUUAUGAGAGUUUUGGCAGAUUGUGAUUCCUGGGAUGAUGGAAAUCCUGAAGAAGUGGGUAGGAAGGUAGAACUUACUCUGAAGUGCCUUACAGAAGUAGUACAUAUCCUUCUCACUAGCAGCUCUGAUCAGCGUCAGGUGGAAACCAGCACUAUUUUGGAGAACUAUUUUAAAUUGCUAAAUUCGGAUCAUUCAGCUUUACCUAAUCAAAGGAGGUCCAGACAGUGGGAAAGCCGGUUCAUAGCUCUGCAGAUCAAAAUGCUGAAUACCAUCACAGCCAUGUUAGACUGCACUGAUAGGCCUGUUCUUCAGGCCAUUUUUCUUAACAGUAAUUGCUUUGAACAUCUCAUACGACUGUUACAGAAUUGCAAGGUGUUUCAGGGACAGUUGGAUUGUUUGGCUAUAUCAACUAUUCAGGCUUUGACAGCAGUAAUGAACAAAUCUCCAGCUGCUAAGGAAGUAUUUAAAGAAAGAAUUGGUUAUACACAUAUGUUUGAGGUUUUAAAAUCCCUGGGUCAGCCACCACUGGAACUACUUAAAGAACUUAUGAAUAUGGCUGUAGAGGGUGACCACACCUCAGUUGGGAUUUUGGGCAUUAGUAAUGUCCACCCUCUCUUGCUUCUUAUCCAGUGGCUUCCAGAGCUAGAAUCCCAUGAUCUGCAAAUCUUCAUCUCUGAUUGGCUGAAAAGAAUUUGUUGUAUUAAUAGGCAGAGUCGAACUACUUGUGUCAAUGCAAACAUGGGACUUCACAUCAUCAAAACCCUUGAUUCCCAUUCUUCCCUCCAUCGAACUUGUGCUGAGAACUUGAUUGCACUUCAUGGUUCCUUGGGGAGUCAGUCCGUGAGCUCAGAAGAAAUACGUCGACUACUAAGAUUGCUGAGAGUGGAUGAAUCUGAGUAUAUUCACCCUUAUACCACUCCUGUGACUCGAGCAAUUCUGACAAUGGCCCGAAAACAAAGUCUAGAGAGCGCACUGCAGUAUUUUAAUUUGUCACAUAGUAUGGCAGGAAUUUCUGUGCCUUCCAUACAGAAGUGGCCAGGGUCUGCCUUUUCUUUCAAUGCUUGGUUUUGCUUAGAUCAGAAUCAGUUGACUCUUGGCAAUGCUAACAAAGGAGGAAAAAGAAAACAAUUGUACAGCUUCUUUACAGGAAGUGGCAUGGGUUUCGAAGCUUUUAUUACCCAUUCAGGUAUGUUGGUUGUGGCAGUGUGCACAAAAAGAGAAUAUGCUACAGUUAUGCUUCCUGACCACAGUUUCUGUGAUUCCCUCUGGCACAACAUAACCAUUGUUCACAUGCCUGGAAAAAGACCCUUUGGUCAGAGCCUUGUCUAUAUCUAUGACAACGGACAGCAGAAGGUCUCUGCCCCUCUCAGAUUUCCUGCCAUGAAUGAACCUUUUAUUUCCUGCUGCAUUGGUUCAGCUGGGCAAAGAACCACCACUCCUCCACCUUCCCAAAUCCCAGAUCCACCUUUUUCUUCCCCCAUUACCCCUCAUCGGACAUCAUUUGGUGGAAUUUUGUCAUCAGCCUCCUGGGGAGGAACACUUGAAAAAUCAAAAUUGAUUACCAAAUUGAUAUCAGCUGGAACCCAAGAUAGUGAAUGGGGAUGCCCCACAUCUCUGGAGGGUCAGUUAGGGUCUGUUAUCAUCUUCUUUGAAGCACUACAGCCUCCUCAAGUGAAGGCAUUAUAUUUAGCAGGUCCAAACUGUUUAAGCCCUUGGAAGUUUCAGGAGUCUGACAUGGCUGAACUGCCUGGUAACAUCCUUCUUCAUUACACUGCAAAGGCCUGCAAAAAUUCAAUCUGUCUUGAUUUAUCUACUAAUUGUUUGCAUGGAAGAUUAACAGGAAACAAAGUAGUGAACUGGGACAUUAAGGACAUCAUAAACUGCAUAGGUGGAUUAAAUGUACUGUUUCCUCUGUUGGAACAAAUCAGCCACUUUGGUGAAGGACACAUUUCUGAAGGAAUGAAUGAAAGCACAGUUUCUGAAUUAAUAACGCCUGUAGAAGGAGAUUGGGUCAUAUUGACCUCCACAAAGGCAUCAGAGUCAAGAUUAGAAAGAAAUUUAAUUGCAACAUUUAUCUUGAUUGUGAAACACUUUAUUCAAAGACACCCUAUCAACCAGGACAAUCUUAUUCACUCUCAUGGAGUUGCCACUCUUGGUGCCUUACUUCAGAAGGUGCCAAGCUCCUUGAUGGAUGUUAAUGUACUGAUGGCAAUUCAGUUACUAAUUGAACAGGUAUCAUUAGAGAAAAAUAUACAGCUCCUGCAGCAAAUGUAUCAGUAUUUACUCUUUGACUUCCGUAUUUGGAACCGUGGAGAUUUUCCCUUUCGAAUUGGUCAUAUACAGUAUCUUUCCACCAUCAUCAAAGACAGCAGGAGAGUUUUCCGAAAGAAGUAUGGUGUGCAGUUUCUCCUAGAUACACUUAGGAUUUAUUAUGGGAGUGAUUGUAAAUAUAGUGAGCUGUCUCUAGAUGACGUUCGAACAAUAAGGACUUCUUUGUAUGGACUAAUUAAAUAUUUUCUGUGCAAAGGUGGAACUCAUGAAGAGAUACAGAGUAUUAUGGGUUACAUAGCUGCUAUCAAUGAAGAAGAACAGCUCUUCGGAAUUUUGGAUAUGCUCUUCAGUCUCCUCUGUACCAGCCCCACUAGAGGUCAGCUUUUCUUACUGCUGUUUGAACCAGGAAAUGCUGACAUACUUUAUGCCUUGCUCUUAAAUCAGAAGUACUCUGACAGACUAAGAGAAGUAGUUUUUAAGGUUAUGGAACAAAUGUUGAAAUGCACAAAUGUUUAUGAACGAAGUAAACAACGUAUUCGGCUCCGAGAAGUUGGCUAUUCAGGAUUGGGACUUCUUCUUAAUGAAGCACCCAUUAAUACCUCUCUCAUUAAAAGCCUCAUCAAUCAGAUUAUAAAUACAGAUCCUGCUAUUAAUUUCAAAGAUCUGUUGUCUGUGGUAUAUAUAUCUCACAGAACACAUAUAAAUGUCAGGGUGGUUAUCUGCAGAAAGAUUUUACAGAUUUUGCAGUCCCAGCCAGAUGCAGCACAUCAAAUAUCUCAACAAGUGGGUUGGCAAGACACUUUAGUUAGGCUUUUUUUAAAAACAAAUUUUGAAAAUGGAAAUACUCUCCAUAAGCACAGUAGGGCUGUUUCAAUGAAAGACAGUGUUAAAAAUUUCUCAGCUGAAGAUAUUAAGAGGAACUUUGAUGAAAAGAUCGAUGAGGAAAAAAUCAAUUCUUUUGCCUCAGCUAAUGUGUCUUCAGAUCAGUGGAGUUUAGAGGAUAGACACUCUCUAGACUCACACACACCAUUAUUUCAAGAAGAUAGUUCUGUGGGAGAAUUAUCUUUCAAAUCAGAGAAUCAAGAAGAAUUCUGGAAUAAUAACCCUUCACAUUUGAGUUUAGAUCUCAGUGGAAUAGACUCAUGUGAACUGAGUGACAGUGGAAGUCACAUGCCAGACAGCCUGCCUAGCACGCCAUCCCCAAUAGAAUCUACUAAAUCAUUUUCUGUGCAGUCUGACAAAGAGAGCAGCGUCAUAAGUGAUCCAGGGUUUGGUGAUGACUUCUCUUUACUUGAAAGCCAAGAGAGAUGUGAGGAGGAGCUUCUUCAGUUACUGACAAAUAUUUUGAACUAUGUAAUGUGUAAGGGACUAGAAAAGUCUGAUAAUGGUACUUGGAUUGAACGGGGGCAAGUGUUUUCAGCACUAACUAAACCAGGAAUAUCCAGUGAAUUACUUCGACCCUCAGAUGAAAUAAAAUUAAUUUUGCUACAGAACAUGUUAGAAUGGACAGUCACAGAAAACAGAGAAUCAAAAACGAAUCCAGUAACUGCUGAAAAUGCCUCCCGACUCAUCCUGAUCAUACAGGACUUUCUGCAGUCAGAGGGCCUUGUUAAUUCAAACAUGUGGACUGAGAAGCUUUUAGACAAUCUGAUGCUACUCUUCGAUGGUCUGUCAGUUUGGUAUUCUGAAGGUCAAGUAUGGGCAAAACUGCCUCAAAUUCAAAUCCAGUUGCUUCUAGGAUUCAUUGGAAGGGGAAAUUUGCAGGUUUGUGCAAUGGCAUCAGCUAAACUAAACACCCUUCUUCAAACCAAAGUGAUUGAAAAUCAGAAUGAAGCAUGUUACAUUUUAGGGAAGCUGGAACAUGUUCUAAGUCAGUCAAUUAAGGAACAGACUGAAAUCUACUCAUUUCUGAUUCCCCUGGUCCGUACCCUGGUUUCCAAAAUCUAUGAGCUUCUCUUCAUGAACUUGCACCUGCCUUCUUUACCUUUUACCAAUGGUAGCUCUUCAUUUUUUGAAGAUUUUCAAGAAUAUUGCAGUUCAAAUGAAUGGCAAGUUUACAUCGAAAAAUAUAUCGUGCCUUACAUGAAGCAGUAUGAAACCCAUACAUUUUAUGAGGGUCAUGAGGACAUGGCACUUUAUUGGAAGAAUUGUUAUGAAGCCUUAAUGGUGAAUAUGCAUAAACGAGACCGGGAAGGAGGAGAAAGCAAGCUUAAGUUUCAGGAGUUUUUUGUGGAACCAUUUAAUAGAAAAGCCCGCCAAGAGAACCUGAGGUAUAAUAAUACACUUAAACAACUUAGCAAUCAACAGUUAAUCACUCUGAGACGCUGGAAGGCAGUACAGCUCUAUCUUACAUCUGAAAGGGGACCUUGGGCUGAAAGGAAACAAAAUCCAAUUCACUGGAAACUAGCUAACGUAGAAAAUUAUUCCCGCAUGAGACUUAAAUUGGUGCCAAAUUAUAACUUCAAAACUCAUGAAGACGCUAGUGCUUUGAGAGAUAAUCUAGGCGUCCAACACUCACAGCCUUCCAGUGAUUCAUUGCUUUUGGAAGUAGUGAAACAAGUAAAAGUUAGCAAUAUGGAGGAGGAUAAAUUAGACCUUCCUGAAGAAGACUUAACAGCCAGAGUAAAUAUUGAUGAGAAAGAAGAACAGGAUCAAAAAGAAAAAUUGGUGUUGUCGGAAGACUGUGAACUCAUUACAAUAAUUGAUGUAAUUCCUGGCAAAUUAGAAAUCACUACUCAACACAUUUACUUCUAUGAUUGCAGCAUUGAAAAAGAAGAUGGAGUAGGCUUUGAUUUCAAGUGGCCUCAUUCUCAAGUUCGGGAGAUUCAUCUGCGGCGUUACAAUUUAAGGAGGUCAGCUCUUGAGAUUUUUCAUGUUGACCAAUCCAACUACUUUCUCAAUUUCAAAAAAGAGGUUAGAAACAAAGUAUAUAGCAGACUGUUGUCACUUCAUUCUCCAAAUAGUUAUGGAACCAGAUCACCACAGGAAUUAUUCAAAGCAUCAGGAUUGACACAGAAAUGGGUGAACAGAGAGAUAUCAAAUUUUGACUACCUCAUUCAAAUAAAUACAAUGGCAGGACGAACCUAUAAUGACCUUGCACAGUAUCCUGUGUUUCCCUGGAUUUUACAAGAUUAUACGUCAGAAGAGUUGGACCUUAAUAACCCAUCUGUAUUUCGAGAUCUUUCCAAACCAAUUGGGGUAGUUAAUGAUAAAAAUGCCAAAGCCAUGCGAGAAAAGUAUGAAAAUUUUGAGGAUCCCAUGGGAACUAUUGAUAAAUUUCAUUAUGGUACUCACUAUUCAAAUUCUGCUGGGGUUAUGCACUAUCUUAUUCGUACAGAACCAUUCACCACCCUCCACAUCCAGCUUCAGAGUGGAAGGUUUGACUGUGCAGAUCGACAGUUCCAUUCCAUCCCUGCCACAUGGCAGGCUCUCAUGGACAACCCAUAUGAUGUGAAGGAACUUAUUCCUGAAUUCUUCUAUUUCCCAGAGUUUUUGGAAAAUCAAAAUCAAUUUAACUUGGGUUGUCUACAAGUUUCCAAAGAAGUAGUAAAUGAUGUCAUUCUCCCCAAAUGGUCUAAGUCAGCUGAAGAUUUCAUCUAUAAACAUAGGAAAGCUCUGGAGUCUGAAUAUGUUUCUGCUCAUCUUCAUGAAUGGAUAGAUCUGAUUUUUGGCUAUAAACAGAGGGGGCCAGCGGCAGUGGAAGCACUCAAUGUUUUCUAUUACUGUAGUUAUGAAGGAGCUGUGGAUCUGGAUGCCUUAACAGAUGAGAAGGAAAGAAAAGCCUUAGAAGGGAUGAUUAAUAAUUUUGGGCAGACACCUUGUCAACUGUUAAAGGAACCACAUCCUCCUAGAUUGUCAGCAGAAGAAACAGUGCAGAAGCAGACCAAAACAGACACUUCAACCCUAAACCUAUUUCAACACCUCUCUGAACUCAAGUCAUUUUUUAUAGAGGGAAUUAGUGAUGGUGUUCCACUAAUAAAGGCCAUUGUCCCCAAAAAUCAGUCUCGUUCUUUUAUGUCUCAAGGCAGUCCUGAGUUACUGAUAACAGUAAGCAUGAAUUACAUUGUUGGAACCCAUGGAUGGCUGCCUUAUGACAGAAACAUUUCUAAUUACUUUACAUUCAUCAAAGAUCAAACUGUAACAAAUCCAAAAACUCAGCGUAGUAUGAAUGGUCCUUUUGCUCCAGGGCUGGAGAUCACUUCUAAGCUAUUCAUAGUAUCACAUGAUGCGAAGUUGCUUUUCAGUGCUGGACACUGGGAUAAUAGCAUUCAAGUGAUGUCACUUACAAAAGGGAAAAUUAUUUCACACAAUAUCAGACACAUGGAUAUUGUGACUUGUUUAGCUACAGAUUACUGUGGAAUACAUUUGAUUUCUGGUUCCAGAGACACUACAUGUAUGAUAUGGCAAAUCACACAACAGGGAGGUAUUCCUGUGGGCUUAGCGUCUAAACCCUUUCAGAUUCUGUAUGGACACACUGAUGAGGUAUUGAGUGUUGGCAUCAGCACUGAACUAGACAUGGCAGUGUCAGGAUCAAGGGAUGGCACUGUGAUUAUACAUACCAUUCAGAAAGGUCAAUACAUGAGGACUUUACGGCCACCUUGUGAGAGUUCUCUGCUCCUGACUAUUCCUAAUUUGGCUAUAUCCUGGGAAGGACAUAUUGUCAUCUAUUCUAGCGUUGAAGAAAAGACCAAUCUCAAGGAUAAGAAUGCAUUACAUCUGUUUUCUGUAAAUGGCAAGCAUCUAGGGUCCCAAGUCCUGACAGAACAAGUAUCAGAUAUAUGUAUCACUGGAGAACAUAUUAUCAUGGGCAGUUUACAAGGCUUCCUGUCCAUAAGAGAUCUCCACAGUUUGAAUCUCAGCCUGAACCCAUUAGCCAUGCGAAUGCCUAUCCACUGUGUUUGUGUAACCAAAGAAUACAGCCAUAUUCUUGUAGGAUUAGAAGAUGGCAAGUUGAUUGUAGUGGGUGUUGGCAAGCAAGCUGAGAUGCGUUCAGGUCAGCUUUCUCGAAAACUGUGGGGAUCUAGCAAGCGACUCAGCCAGAUUUCAGCUGGAGAAACUGAAUAUAAUACUCAAGAUUCCAAGUGAUUACUAUUUCCAUCUUCUGUCAUGGAUACAUGAAACUUGAUUUACUGCUUUGUCACUUUAACCACAUCUCUCAACUAUCUGAAAUGUAUCAGGGCUUUUAUCACUGAAAAUCAUUUAGAAAUUACCAAAAUUCAGUAUGCUAUGUGUGUAUAAAGACACAGGUUGUAUUAUUAUCCACUUUAAAAAUUUCUGGUUAACAAUGAAUCCAGUCUUAUUGACUAAUUCUUGAUCUACAUCAAGGUGGAUUUACGAAAAUACAAUUGAAUUAGAUUUGAGGUUCAUUCCUAAAGAUCAUUAGAGCCACUGGGGGAGAAAACUUCCAAAAAUGAAGAAGUUGGAUAUAAUUCCAUUAUUCUAAACAGCAAAAUUUAAGGUAUUUCUAAGAAGAGGACAGAUAGUGGGACAGUUGAGAGAUAUGGCUUUUAAUGUAUUCUUUAGUUAAUCAUUUUCCUAUUUACUGACCACCAUAUUUAAAAAUACAUAAGCUUAUUUAUGGAACUCCUGAUUGGGGUAAUAUUUUAAAGGCAUCUGUUGCACACUUGGAUUUUCAAAACUCAGUGUAAAUUACAGGUUUUCAUGAUAAGUUGAAUAUAAGACAGUUGAAACCGGUACAUUGGGUCAUUCCACUACUACUUAGCAUAUUACUAAUGAGAACUUACUAAAAUAUAUUAUUAUGCUUAAAUAAUAAAGGUUAAGUAGGAAUAAGAGAAACUAGAGAUAUAUUUUGCAGAUGUAUUUCAUUAGUAGUAUAAUUAAGGAAAAUGCUGAUUAUGAUUUUGACAGGUGGACUCUUUAAGUAUUAGCAUUUGCAACACAAUUUAUAUCUGCAAAGUUCAAAUUUUCUUCGCUUAUUCUUUACUAAGCAAAUACUGUGUCUUUCCUCAUAAUUAGAAGUGUUAGCAAUGAUACCAAAUACAUUAACAUUUUUACCUAACUUCCAUGUGAUUGAUAAAUGAAUUGAAAAGAUACGCAUCACUUAAAUUAGUCAUUUAGAUAUAGUAAUUUUUAAAAACAUUUCUAUUUCAUGUUAUGUAUAACUUUUAAGAUUAUAAUUAAUGUUAUUAUACAUAGUUAAGUGUUACAUAUGCUUAAUGUUCAAUAUUUUAAAGUAAAAAGCUGAUAGAUUUAUUUUGAAAUUCAAAGAGAUUGUUAAACCUGCUUUUAUAAGGUCAUCUUGAGUUAGGUCAGAGAGCUUUUACAACUACAAGUGUCCUUAAACUGAGAUUCCAUGGGUUUGGGGGAAUUUAUGAAUCCCCUGAAAUUAUGUGGAAAUUCCAUGUGUUAACUGCAUUUUUUUCAGAAGUGAGUGUGUGGCUUUCAUUAAGGGGUCUGUGAUCAGAAGGAAAAAAAAAAGACUUCUCACAGUAAUAGUUUCUUAUGAAAUAAUAAUAUUCCUUUUUAUUCCGCAAAUCAUAGAUUUCCUUACAUCUAGUUGUCUUCUCAAUGGCAUCUUUAAGAAACUUUCCCUCUGUAAUUGUUCUCUUCAGUUGUCCACAGUAUCCAAUACCAUUCUCUUUAUAAUCCUAUGAGUAAGUAAAAAAAAUUAAGAGAAAUACAGGAUUCAGUUUAGGGAAGCUUUUUGAAUAGAUGUGAUCUGUUUGAGUCAGGAAUAAUAACUUAUAGAAGAAUUUUCCUUCCAAUUAUUUAAAAUCCCCUGUUUUGUUUAGUAAAAAAAAAAACCGAACAGUUAUGUUUUAGGUAAAUAACACUGAAAUAAACUGGUGCAGCAAGUGUAAAAUAGAGCAUAUGUAAAUGUAAAGAUUUCCUUUUUAAGGACUUCAGAAAUUUGU